GGUACUUCAGCUGUGUGUUUUGUUGAAACUGUACCCAUCUUGCCCCAAUAGACCAUUGUGCAGCGUUACGGCUUUACGUUUCUCUGGGAGUUAUUUUUGUGGUGCACUCAGCUGUCGGGUAGAGAAGGUAGUGUUGUUCCUUUCGUGUGCUUUCCUGAUAUUACUUAAGAAUGAAAAUUCUAUAAAUUUUCUAGAAUACAUUGAAAGACAAAGGGUAGCCAGAACAAUGGCACAAAAUCAUGCGUCAGGGAUGGAGAUGUCGGCCAUCUCCGUCCUCAAACGGGCGGUGGAGCUGGACCAGAGCGAGCGCUUCCAGGAGUCUCUAGUUUGCUACCAGGAGGGCAUCCAGCUGCUUAUGGACGUGUUGAAAGCUGUGAAGGAUGACUCAAAGAGGGGGGUCUACAGGGAGAAGAUAAAGGGCUACAUGGACAGAGCAGAGCAAAUCAAAGCUCAUGUGAACCAGAUGAAAGAAGAUGGGAAGUACCAUGAACAGAUAAGAAUAUCAGAGGAUGCUACUGGCUACAGCUAUGAGGCUCUGUUCAAGCCGUACAUCAGUAGUGCUCUCACAGAGGUUUGGGUGGAAGACCCCUACAUACGACUCACCCACCAGUUGUACAACUUCCUACGGUUCUGUGAGAUGCUGCUAAAAGCGUCCUGCAAGGUGAAAAAGAUCCAUCUCAUCACUUCACAGGAUGAAGCAGAUAGCAGCCAACAGACCAGUGCUCUGGCGGAGCUGGAAGAAAGUCUCAGUGCUCAGGGAGUGACUCUGGAUGUGCAGUACUCCUCCACUAUCCAUGACAGGGAGAUCAGGUUUGACAGUGGUUGGAUCAUAAAAAUUGGAAGAGGGCUGGAUUACUUUAAGAGACCAAAGGGUCGAUUCUCCAUUGGAUAUUGUGACUAUGACCUCAGGCAGUGCCAGGAGACCACAGUAGACAUUUUUCACACCAAACACACAAAAACUCUAUGAGCGUCAUGAACCUUCGAUUGCCUUUUUCUAACUCAGGUGACUUCAUUUACAGAUCUGCCCUCAAAAAACAUGCUGUAUAGACACAUCUGUUCUGCUGUUGGAUUUUCCUUAACAUAAAAAUGCAUGUGAUUGGCCUCAUAUCAACUGUAUUAACAGCAGUUUUUGUUUUACAGUAUGUCAUAUUUAUAUGUCCUUAUUGCUUAUGUAGAUCAGUAAGUUCUUCUUCAGUUUUCACCUUUUCUCAUUUUGCAACUACCCAGUUUUAAAAACUUAAAUAUUUUUUAUAAUAAUGGUGGUCGACACAGGGACGUUGCUUUUUAUGACAUCAUACUGCCAUCUAGUGGAAAAAAUUUUAAAUGCUAAAUUAUAUUAAAAGGGCUUUUAUAAUA